CAAUUAUUUUAUAAUAAUUUCAGGAAUGGAAAAAUGCAGAUUUCAUGAAGUAAAAGUGUCGGCUCCCAGCAAAGUUAUUUUGUUUGGAGAACAUGCCGUAGUGUACGGUAUGACUGCUGUGGCAGCCAGUUUGGAUCUCAGGACGAGAAUGAGAAUAAAACCACAUAAAUCUAGAAUUUUGGUAAAUUUCCCCGAUGUUGGUUUGAAGGAGAGUUGGAGCCCUGAACAACUCAAGACCUUGUUCCAGCAUAAACCCAACACGGAAAUACUUGAUGUGAACUAUGUCUACCUAGAUUUAAUCCAUAAUUUUCUCAAGACUGAGAGUUCUGAUCUCCGAAUGGCAAGUGUGAUCUGUUUUCUCUAUCUCUACAGUCUUAUCAUGGAUGAGGUUGGAAUAGUUCCAAUGGAGAUCCUGGUUGAGAGUGAAAUACCACUAGGAGCAGGUUUGGGUAGCUCUGCUGCUCUCUCAGUCUGUCUCUCCGCAGGUCUUAUCGGGGUCUUGCAUCAAGUACAGGGCUAUGAAAAGAGCAUUUUUGAGUAUACAUCUUCCUCUAUACAGAAGGAAGUUUGUGGGUUUGCAUUUCUUUCGGAAAAAAUCCUUCACGGUACCCCUUCGGGGAUUGAUAACUCAAUAAGCACCUACGGAGGAAUGUGCAGAUUUGAAAAAGGUAACCUUGAACCUGUCCGUCUCGAGAGGAAUCUAAGAAUCCUAUUGAUCAACACAAACACCUUCAGAAACACUAAGGAUCUGGUGGAACGGGUUGGAGAGAAACGUGUCAAGUAUCCGGAUAUAGUCAAACCAAUAUUAGAGUCUAUUCAUGCAAUUAGUGAGCAGUUCCUUACCUCUAUACAGGAAUAUAACCAGGACCUUAAUGAGAAGAAAUUUUAUAAGAUAUUAGAAGAUUUGAUGGAUACAAACCAAUCCCUUCUGACGGGGUUAGGAGUUAGUCAUCCAACCCUUGAUGAUGUAUGCAGAACCUUGAAGAAAUUAGGUAUAGUUGGAAAACUGACAGGAGCUGGAGGUGGUGGAUUUGCUCUGGCUGUGCUGCCUCCAUCUAUCUCGGGUAAAACCGUCCUGGUGGCAAAAGAUUUAUUGGAAACUAAAGGAUAUACAUGUUACCAGGCGGAUAUCGGAGUGAAUGGAUAUGUUAUAGAAGUUGUUAAAUAGUAGAACCUGGAACCUAGUCAUGCGUCACCAAUCAGAUUAGAGCAAGCAUAAUGAUAAAUGUGACCUGUCUUCCACCCCGGUCCUGUUCAAUUUCCAUCAAGAUCGAGAAAUAUCUUUAAUUUUAUAGAGAAAUUUUUAUUUAAAAAAAAUGUAAAAUUUCAGAUUGAUUGCCUCGUAACCCUGAAUAUAUUCAUCUUUUCGGG